GGGGCCUUCGCUGGCGGUUUGUCUGUCCAGGACGUGCGUGGGCGAUAGAGCCCUAGCAGGUGAGGGUUGGGGGACCACCUCGCCGCAGCAUGGCCCGGACCGCUCCCGCGCUCGGACUGGGAGUUUAUCGCCAGGGCUCUAGAGUUAGUUUUGCCACUUUCUAGCUGUAUGACCUCGGGCAAUUUUAUCUUGGAACCUCCAUGUUCUCAUCUCUGUAAUUGGAAUAAUAAUAGUACCUUUCUCAGAGUUGUUGUGACGAGUCAAUGGAAAUACACUUAGAACAGCUUUUGGCACAUGGCAGAAUUGGGCUAUUUGCUGAAGCUUUUUUCUCUGGUAGCCUAGGGAGAAAUUUACAUUUUGACUUUUUCUUACCAUGGCUUUGGUUCACAAAUUGCUGAAUGGCACUUGUAUUCUCAGAAAAUGCCUGAAGCCAAGUGUUACCUCGUGUCCAUUUCUGAGCACUCACUUUGCAGACUAUUGUUCCAGUAGUCUUCAGAAACCAGUGGCUACUUCUGGCAAAGCUUCCUCUCAGAGGAACACUGAAGGGGGUUUGCAAGAUCACCAGAGAGAAGUUGCUUUGGAUAUAACUUCUCCUGAGGAGAAGACUGAAGUUAGUUUUGAUAAAGCAAUUAAAGAUGAAAUAAAGGACCAUUUUAGGCGUUUGAAGGAUGAGAUUGUGAAUCAUUGGAUAGGGCCUGAAGGCCGCCCUCUGCAAGAGGUCUUGCUGGAACAAGCCAAAGUUGUCUGGCAGUUCCGUGGAAAAGAAGAUUUGGAUAAGUGGAUAGUGACUUCGGAUAAGACAAUUGGAGGCAGAAGUGAAGUGUUCCUGAAAAUGGGCAAGAAUAACCAAAGUGCACUGCUGUAUGGAACUCUGAGCUCUGCAGCACCUCAGGAUGGGGAGAGCGGUCGCAGCGGGUACUGUGCAAUGAUAUCCAAGAUUCCAAGGGGUGCUUUUGAGAGAAAGAAGUCUUAUGAUUGGUCUCAGUUCAACACUCUGUAUCUCCGUGUCCGUGGAGAUGGUCGGCCUUGGAUGGUGAAUAUCAGAGAGGACACAGAUUUGGUUCAGAGGAAGAAUCAGAUGUACAGUUACUUCAUGUUCACCCGUGGUGGGCCCUACUGGCAGGAGGUCAAGAUUCCUUUCUCCAAAUUUUUCUUCUCUAAUCAAGGAAGAAUCCGGGAUGCCCAGUUCCAGCUUUUGCUUGACAAGAUCUCUUCUAUUGGAUUCACCCUGGCUGAUAAAGUGGAUGGUCCAUUCUACCUGGAAAUAGAUUUUAUUGGAGUGUUAACUGAUCCAGCCCACACAGAAGAAUUUGCUUAUGAAAAUUCUCCAGAGCUUAACCCAAGACUUUUAAAAUAGAGGUCAUGUGGUAGUUUUGUAUUACUAAACUAAGGGUAAUAGUAUCCAUGAUGAUUCAGAGACAAAAUAAAGUAUUUCAUUAGUGGCAUCUGA